AUGCCUAUUACUACCGUUAUACCACAUGAUAUUUGUCAAACUGACUAUGAUCUAUCAAUACCAUCAAUUAAUUCUCAUCAAGAUAAUAACGUGUUUGAAUACAAUUCAAAACCAACAGUAAUGACUCAUUUCAUUGAUAAUUGGAUGAUUCGAGAGAGUUUAAAGCCAUUUCAACAAAAAAGAAAUAAGUCAUCGUUACCAAUCAAACAAAAAUCACAAGUUUUUUCAAACAAUUCUAAUAUUCGUCAGUGGAAUGUAAGUUAUCAUUGAUAUAUUAAUUAUCAUUUUAUAUUAAGAAUAAUAAUAAUAAGGCAGAUGAACGUAAUUUAAAAAAAUAAGUUGAACUAGAAUCUUAAAUGAAAACUUCAGAUGCUCUUUUCAUUCAUUCCCCUAAACAGAUAAAUAGAUCUUGCAAGAUUUGAUGUGAGAGAUUUUAUAUUAGUUAUUUAGUUCAUUAUUAAUAAAAUCUAUAUCUAAUGAAUUUUUUUCUUUAUUUAGAUUAAUCAAGUAUGUUCGUUUUUCAAACAUGGUCUCGGCACGAAUUGCUAUGAAUCUAUAAUCAAAGAACAUCUUAUUGAUGGAAUAGCUCUUCUUCUUCUACAAGAUAAACAUUUAAUUCAGUUUUUUAAAAUGGAAUUAAGACAUCGAUUUAAACUAAUCAAACGGAUUAAUGAACUUAAACGAUGAGAAUUUUUCAAUGUAUAUUUUUAUAAUUUUGUUACCUUAUACAUGUUAUUUAUUGUUGUUUGCUAAUCUUAAGAUCAUAUUUUAAUUCUAAUAAGUAUCUUGAAAGUAAUGUACAAAUGAAGAAGAUUGGGAAUGGAAUGAGAGAAAAAUUGAUCACAGCUGUCCCUCAUUUUUAAAGGAUAUAUCUGCAUGUACAAUGAAACUCUGUUCGCUUGCAAGGUCACAAAUAAAUAAUUACUGGUUAAUAAGAUAAUUUAUAUUGUAGAAGAGAUAUUUAUGCAACUGUGUUUUUCAUUUAAACUAGAAGAGUUUUUUCGCGUGAAUAAGAAGAUCAUUCGCAACAGAUUCUUUAAAAUAACUCAUCAGCAUAAACGAGAUUUAUUCAUCAAGAAAAUAAGUUACUCUUACAGAUAAAGUAACUACAAUAAAUUCUCUCUAUAUUAAAUUGUCGUUGAUAAAUAGCAAGUUUGAUAUAGAUAAAAUGCUGAAAACUCUUACACAUCAUAAUAAUAUUCGUUCAAUACUACUGUAAAACUACGAGAAUAUUUAAUCAAUGAUAUCAAGUUGUAGAAAAAAAAUUCACUGACAUACCUUGCGUAUGUUCAGCACCCGCGAUAGCGGGCGGGGGGGGG